CGCAAAAUACUGUGUUACUAAAAUGGCUGAGGGCUCUGUAAAUAAAUAAAUGCUUCACAUACUUUCCUUAUUUUUUGUUUAAAAACACGAAAUCAGUCUGAAAUGGGACAUGGACUUAACAGAACCCACAGAAUUUUCUUCUUUUCUAAAUGUCGCUUGUACCACCUUACAAUUUUCGUGCAAGUCAAAACUAUCAGUUCAGAUUCGUUCGCCGCGGAACCAGUGAUUCCGCUUAAGACUACGCACCACCAUUUUUGUUUGCUGAUGGAUGAUAACUAAUAAAGAAAAAGACAACAAAUCGGAUUAGAGAAUCGUCCCAAGAUGUUCAACGGGAUGGUGAGAACCAUCCGCGACAGCGUCGUGGGCACCUACCCGUCCUGCCAUGUCAACUCGCGAUUGGAAGAGCGCCGGGCUAAGCAGCGGGCGAUGCGCCAGGAGCGCAGGAGAAAACCGGACAAGCCGGAUGACUUUGUCACCUACGAAGACUCUGGCAGCGACGAGGAGACCCCCCAGCAGCAGGAGGAGGUCCUAAACACCUCAUACAACCUUUGCGACUACCUGCGUAGCCGGGAAAGUGGUCUGCGGGAUCGAAGGAGCGUCAACGUGGAGUACACCAGCCGCUAUGUGCUCACCCACGACAUGCUUCGCGAAACGCAGAUCAAUCUGGGCUACAUCAACAAGGUCUUCUGCUCCAAGUGGCUGAGCAGCAGGCAAGUUGUGUUCGGGACCAAGUGCAACAAACUUCUCGUCUACGAUGUGAAUAUGCGGCGCGUGGAUGCGAUUCCCACGCUGUCCAACAGCAGGGCGAAUCAUCCGGAGGUCCAGGGUGGACUGCAUGCCAUUGAGUUGUCACCCAGCCGUUCCUUUUUAGCUACUGGGGCGAGAAACUCGUCCGACAUCGCUGUGUAUCGACUGCCAACGCUGGAUCCCGUUUGUGUGGGUGAAGGCGGCCAUCGCGACCUGAUAAUGGGUAUGUGCUGGUUGGAUGAUCAAUUUCUGGUUUCCGGGUCAAAGGACUCUCGCAUGGCUCUGUGGCGCAUCAACGAGGACCACAUGGAGUUCCCAGAUGGCGGCGAGGAAGCCUGUCCCACCUUUGCCACAAUACAUCCCCUUAGUGUCAAAGAAGUUCGCACUGCCCAGAGAAUCCGUUCUCUAUGCUUUAACAAGGAGUUCAAGGAGAUCGCUGCCCUCUCACUAAACGGCUACAUUCACAUUUUCAACGCGGAGACCUUCAAGCAGACGCUCUCCCGCAAACUGCCAAACUGCCAGGACAACGUGAGCAUUGCCUACCACAGCGACGGCCUUUAUGCUGUCGGCUGCCGUUCCUACACCAUCCUGCUGGAUGCACGCACGCUGCAGACCAUCAAGAAGAUUACCUCUCGCUAUAGUGGCUGUGGAAUAAGGGCCACCUCCUUCGAGGGCAACCUGCUGACCGUGGGAACAGGAUUAGGAAUGCUUCUGUUCUACGACAUCCGUGCCGGAAAGUAUCUAGAAAGCAGUGUAAACGCGUCGCGCACUGUGGCUCUCAAGUGCAGCAAAGGAAUUGUGUAUCCUGAGGACGAAAUGGAUGGCUUCCAGCAAGUGAAGUACGUGCCGGCCAUCUACACUCACUGCUACGAUAGCACCAGGAUGCGACUCUUCGCAGCGGGUGGUCCACUGCCAGCCACUCUGGUGGGCAACUACGCGGGCGUUUGGCAAUAGAUUAGCAUGGGAUGCGAUCUGGGCUCACAUUACUGAUUAGUCUUUAAGUAGUUAUUCGACUUGUGAUCUUUAAUUCAUUAAUUUUUUUAAAUCGCUCACCCGCACGUGUAUUCCGCCAAGUCCACAAUUUUUAAUUCAGUUGGUCUACUCAGAUUUAGUUUGAAUGAAUUUUAUUUUAGGCUUUAUGUUUUAAUUAUAUUUUAUAUUGUGUGUGAACAAUAUACACCGUUUUUAAGUGUAAAGUAUGCAUGAUUACCGAUCCUAUUUAUAUAUAGUACAUACAAUACAAGUAAUGGAAUACUAAUUUAUAGACAACGUUAGCAUUGAUUAAUAGUCUGAUCUAUAUGGUAAUAGAAUUUCAAAUUAAAGAAACCAUUGAAAACCCAA